AAUUUAGAAGGUUGAAAGGAUUAUCGCAGAACGAGUUCCUGAAAUUUUGGUCCGAUUUUGGGGGCCAUUUUUGAAUUCAUAUUAUUUAACCGCACUUUUUUGGUUAUCUGAAUUCAAAUUUCGUUUACGUGCCCCCGAACCCAGACAUUUGAUCAGGGUUUUCUGCUGAUAAUCGCAACAACAGAGAAGAAGAAUUAGCCCUCAGGAUUGUGGAGGGCUCAAAUCACCAGUUCUAAUCUUACUUUUUCUGUUUGAUUUGAGCCCUCGAUAUGCCUGAUGGUUAUUCAUCUUCCAAAAAGAAGGAUGACUAUUGGGACGACGUUUGUGGCCAGGAGGUAAGCAGAAUGUCCCGAAUCCGUUGCAUGAUGCAAACCCUGGACUUACGGAUGUUUGUUGUAUUAUUUCUAGUCAUUCCAUUCGGUAUCGUGGGUAUUUACUUCCAUGGACAAAAAGUCACCUACUUUCUUCGACCUCUAUGGCAAUCGCCUCCAAAACCGUUCAUUCACAUUCCUCAUUACUAUCACGAAAACGUUUCAAUGGCUUCUCUCUGCAAACUCCAUGGAUGGGAGCUUCGAGAUUUCCCCCGAAAAGUAUAUGAUGCCGUUCUUUUCAACAAUGAGGUAGAUAUGCUUACAAUUAGAUGGAAAGAACUCCACCCUUAUAUCACUCAAUUUGUGCUUCUUGAAACCAACUCUACUUUCACUAGCAUCCCGAAACCCCACUAUUUCGCAAUCAAUCGGGAAAAGUUUGACUUUAUCGAACCCCGUUUGACCUACGGCACGAUUGGGGGUAGAUUCAAAACGGGCGAAAACCCUUUUAUCGAAGAGGCUUACCAACGUGUGGCUCUUGACCAUCUUUUAAGAAUAGCGGGAAUCGAAGACGGUGAUUUGUUGAUAAUGUCGGAUGUUGACGAAAUCCCGAGCGCCCACACAAUCGAUCUUUUGAGAUGGUGUGAAGGGCCACCACAGAUCGUUCAUUUGAAUCUAAACAACUAUUUGUACUCUUUCGAGUUCAACGUGGAUCACAGCAGCUGGCGGGCAUCCGUUCAUCAAUACCAAAAGGGCAAAACGAGAUACGCUCAUUACCGCCAGACCGACCACCUAUUGGCGGACUCGGGGUGGCACUGUAGUUUCUGCUUCAGAAAGAUCAGCGAUUUCAUAUUCAAGAUGAAAGCUUAUAGCCACACAGAUCGUGUCCGAUUCUCGCACUUUCUUGACCCGAGAAGGAUCCAGAACGUGAUUUGCAACGGUGACGACUUGUACGAUAUGCUACCUGAAGAGUACACGUUCAGGGAUAUCAUAGCGAAAAUGGGUCCGAUCCCGCAUUCGUAUUCGGCCGUUCAUCUUCCGUCGUAUCUAUUGAAUCAUGCCGAAAAAUACCGGUAUCUUUUGCCUGGGAACUGUAUCAGGGAAGCUGGCUGAACAAGUCUAGAUGAGGAGGUAUAAAACAGUUACUUCUUUUUAAAGUAUGGUUUCCUUAGAGAAAAAUUGACAGAAAUAGCCAAUCCAUCUGAUUGUAUUUGUUUUACAGUUAUUUUUUAAAACAAAUUCCCAAAAUACCCAUAACUUAUAUCGGGAAUUUACUUUAA